UUAUCAGUUUUAUCAAACUUCUUAUCAAAGCGCUUUCGCACAUGUGGGCAUCCGAUAAGGCUGUUACGCGUUGAUAGCGAUUAGCUGGACUUUUGUGUGGUGUUUGUAGUAUUGGGAGACAUCAUAAAAUUUCAUUGCUAAUAAUAACGUGUAUUUGGUGCAACUACACUCAAUCGCUGUUGCUGUUGAAAUGAUAACGGACGAUGAUGUCACGAUGUUAUUGGGUCCAAAAUCCAUAGAAUUUGGGUUAAAUAUUAAAAUUACAAGAUGAGAUGCAAGAAGCAAUCAUGAAUAACUCUCUAGUGCACAAAGAUUCUAUAAUAUUCUACCAUACAGACGGUCAGGGACAAAUCGGUUCAAUAACGACAUUUGAACACGCUGGCGGAAAAAAUGGCGGGAAAAUAAUGGUGCGUAAAACGAGAGAGCGAGUACUCAAUCGGAAUGAGUAAAAACAAUGAAAAAUGCUCUUUUCAUUCUCAUCCGUGCUCACCGGCGUCGUUUAGUAGGCGCUUCUCCACCAUCUCGCGUUCUCUCGCGCUCUUAACUUAGAAGCAACAGCCAGUACCAGGCACCUCCAUGGUCGGUACUGCAGGGAACAUCCCAGAGUGCUACACUCCGGUCCGGUCGCUAUGGUAGCGCCCGUGAUAGAGCAUGGUCGUCGUCUACAGCGUUGAUCAGCGUUUCAUCCUGUCAGUUGCUUGGGACUGCUGGAUGUAAGCGGAUCUCAGGGGCCGGAGAACCAUCAAACCAGCCACUCACCCACCGUCGUCGAUGAUAGUGUGUUUGGGUUAAAUUUUGAACCGUUUUGUCAACUGUUGGUGGGGCCACAAUUGUUGAUAACGAAGUGCAAUGGUACAUUAAGCUAAGCGAAGGGAAGUGAUAGUGUGGAGGAAAGCGGCGGAUAGUUAGUUGUCUUGCGAAGAAGCGGGCAACGGACGCUCCAAAAGACGUCGUGGAAUGGCAGCGGCCACUGGUGAUUAACUGGUGUGAAAUUGCGUGUACAGUUACGAUCGAGCAUGUUGUAGGUGUAUGGCAAUAACGAACCUCGAGACGCAACUCGAGCAUCGUCCCAGCCACUGGGCCGGCGGCAGGUGAGCCAGACUGACUGGCUGUUGAAUAAAUAAUUCGGCAAAGCUUUUACUGUGAAGCCAAGUGAAGGAAAGUGGAUAAUUGAAUGUGCAAGCAUUAAUCUGCAGCGUGCUGCUCAUCGGGGUAAUUGAAAUUGCGGCAAGUGUUUCCGAGAUUUCGCGGGCGCGCGAGCUUGGCCAAGAUGACGAUCCGGGAGGACGCGGCGGAGCUGGUGCGCGUUGAUCUUGCGAAAGCGAACGGGAGCGCCUACUUUGGUCAGACGGGCAUGAUCGACGCUGGAGGCAGAGUAGGCGACGGACAGGAUGGACAGAUACAGUUCGAUAGGCUCGAGUUCGAAAGUCCGGAGGAUUUGAUGCGCCAUCUCUACUACACCUGCAUGCGGUCAAACACGAGCGAGCCACCGUGGACCACCGAUGGUAGUACGGUGUUUUGCCCGCGCCGGUUCGACGGAUGGUCCUGCUGGGAACCGACGCUGGCUGGGACGGUCGCGGAAAACUGGUGCCCAAAGUUUGUGCUAGGCUUUGAUCCACGGCGGCUCGCCUAUCGCACAUGUCAUGAGAAUGGGUCCUGGUUCGUACAUCCACACUCCGGACGGGAAUGGUCCAACUACACCAACUGUAUCGACACGGAAGAUAUGCAGCUUCGUCGGUUGGUAAACGACAUCUACAUCGGUGGAUACACGGUUUCGUUCUUAACGCUAAUUAUAUCACUGUGUAUUUUCCACAGCUUUCGCACGCUGAAAUGCACCCGCAUACGGAUACACAUCCAUUUGUUCACCUCCUUGGCGCUAAGCUGCCUGUUCUGGAUCGUCUGGUACAAGUUUGUCGUGGAGGAUCCGGAUGUCCUAAAUGCAAAUACGGGUUGGUGCGUCGGGCUGCACAUUCUGCUACACUACCUGAUGCUGGUUAAUUAUUUCUGGAUGUUCUGCGAAGGACUACACCUGCAUCUUGUGCUAGUUAUAGUCUUCAUCAAGGAUAUUGUCGCAAUGCGUUGGUUCGUCACGAUCGGCUGGAUAUUGCCGAUGGUGCUGGUGAGCCUGUACGCCCUCGUCCGCAACACGCAGCCACUCGAUACGGAGCACUGCUGGAUGAACGAAAGCCAUGCCAUGUGGCUGCUGACGAUUCCGGUGUGCUUUUCGCUAGUGGCCUCACUGGUGUUUCUUAUCAACGUCGUCCGGGUGUUGCUGACGAAGCUAAGCUCCACCUCGCCCCAUCCAGCACCGCUCGGACUGCGGAAAGCGACGCGUGCCACCUUGAUUCUCAUUCCCCUGUUUGGUCUGCAGCACAUCCUGCUGCCGUUUCGACCGGAGAAGGGCUGCUCGCUGGAACGGUACUAUCAGAUCGGGGCCGCCCUGCUGAUCAGCCUGCAAGGUUUGUGCGUUUCGUGCCUGUUCUGCUUCGCAAACCACGACGUCAUCUUUGCGGUACAGUGCUACCUGAGCCGAUUUUUCCCCGACCUCGUGACGCACCCGUUUCUCGAGAGCAACGGUGGGCAGCCGGCCACGCAAAGCCGCGACGUGGUCGUAUGACUACUGAACGCGCGUCGCUCCACACCGACGAGUAUAAGCCCGCGCGAAGCGACUCCCCGCGAGCUGGCCCAGUGUGCCGUCUGAGCCGUGUGUCUGUUGCUGUUGUGUCGUGUUGUUGUCGGUGGAAAAGGAAAAACCCAACGCCAGAGUAUUCGUUGGUUGCGGUCAACGAAAUCGCCGUAGGUGUCCUUCGCGAUGGCGAGAUUUUGGGGGUUCAACUCGCAUGAUGUAUGUGCUGCUAUGAAUCCGUUUGGUGUUCGUAUUUCGGUGUUUCUGUGGUAAAUAAUGUGACUGCGUGUACAAAAUGUAAUGUUCCUGAGGCACAAACACAAAAGUGUAGCGAGAAGGUGGUGGCACGGAAUCCGCUACCUUUCGGGUGACUAAAAAUAUGUUUAACAAUACUAGCUGCAAGCGGAGCGUUGGCCGCAUUCAGGACUGCAUCCUGUAGCGCACAUCCGGCGCCCGAAUUGGGUGAACGAAGAGAGAAAUAAAGAAUAUUUUUACAGCUUGAGUAACAGCGGCAAAAGGCGUUUUCGUUGCCGUUGACGGUGUUCAAAUGCAAACCGUGAGAACUUUCCAGGAAUCGCUUAUCGGUGCAGUAGGGGAACGGCCGGGAACGGGUCGCACGGUAAAGGUAAAUCGAUUUCGUUCAAUUUUCAAACAGCAGGUACAAGCAAAAAUAAAAUAUUACCUAUCGACAUACGUACCAUUCCCGGCCGUGACUUCAGGUAUGGGUUUGCAGCAUUGGGAUGGCAAAUGGAAAUAUGGAGACACGAGUAUGUGGCUCGAGACGAUCGGUUGUAGGAUUAAAUUUUCAUAAGAAACGUUUCGUACGGGCCAUGCAAAGCAAAGCGGCAACACUGGAGUUGAUUGCAUUGCGUACGGGGCAGUUACAGUGUAAUGUGGUGCGAUUUGUUGACUUUUUAAUGAUUAACUUGUCUUUUCUUUAUACAGUACACAACAUUUCGAACCAAACUUACGAGUGAUAAGAGGUGGGGGAUUGAAUUGAUAUGAAGAACCUUGACAUCGGUCCGUAAUCAGGUCGACAUGCCUGGAUGCUGGGUGGAUCGAAGUGCAAGCAGUUGACGUGUAGAGGGCGCUGUUCCGUAUAACAAACUGUACGCCACAACUGUUAUACCAAACAGUCGAACAGAGAGUGACGUAAGUACAGUUGAACAGAUUGCUACAAGGUGCUUGUGAUUUACGUUGAUAUUCUAUUGUUGUAGUGAUUUCCACCUUCAAUCUUUAGUUUAGUUGUAAGUGUAUCUAACAGGAGAUCAUUAAAAUAGCAUUAUCACACAGUUGGAGAGAAAAUCAUUUCAAUUACAUCUACCGCAACACCAAACUAAACCCCUGAUGAUGAUGAU